AGGCGCAUAGCGGCAGACGCCAGUACCAGAAAGCGCGUGCUGUCGCUUCGCUCGCUAGGCAGGUCAGUAAAAUACAGUAGUUCGUGGUUCAGACUUAGCUCAAGCUGCAGCUUCCGCCGUGUUCUGGCCAUUCUGUGCUGGACCACUUCGUGUAGCUGCACUUUGGUCUCUAGUCAUACUCUAACCUACGUUGGUUUUGCUAGUACAAGUCUGAAAGAUGGCCAUGGAAGUGGACGAUGAACUGGAUGUAGACCAGUCUGAACAGCCAAGUUCCACUAGCUCUGCUAGGGGAGACAAAAAACGAUUCGAAGUCAAGAAAGUGAGUGGGCAUUUCUUUGCUUUCUUUGCCGUUUUCAUUUUGAAGUCUUACUGUUUACUAAAAUGCUAUUCUUUUCAGUGGAACGCAGUUGCUCUGUGGGCCUGGGACAUUGUCGUGGACAACUGCGCAAUCUGCAGAAACCAUAUCAUGGAUUUGUGUAUCGAAUGCCAGGCUAACCAGGCUUCAGCAACCAGCGAGGAAUGCACCGUAGCCUGGGGAGUAUGCAAUCACGCUUUCCACUUCCAUUGCAUCUCCCGGUGGCUGAAGACGCGCCAAGUUUGUCCGCUUGACAACAGGGAAUGGGAAUUCCAAAAGUAUGGGCAUUGAAUGACCGGGCUUCAAGGCUUCAAAAUUCAAGCUGUUUAUUUUGCUGAACCUCCCAAUAAAACAUUCUUGUUCUUCUUUCAUUGAUAAAA